CCUUGAGGCUCCAGGGCCGGAAGUUCCGGGUGAAGUUCCGGGUAGAGUUCCGGGUGCCAACGAGUCUUCUGACUGGAGAAAUGGCCACUCUCUGUCUCUUCGACGUGGAUGGGACCCUCACUGCCCCGCGGCAGAAAAUUACCAAAGAAAUGGAUGACUUUCUACAAAAAUUGAGGCAGAAGACCAGAAUUGGAGUGGUAGGUGGGUCAGAUUUUGAGAAACUGCAGGAGCAACUGGGAACUGAUGUGGUUGAGAAAUACGAUUAUGUGUUUCCAGAGAAUGGCUUGGUAGCGUACAAAGAUGGGACGCUAUUGUGUAAACAGAACAUUCAAGGUCAUCUGGGGGAGGAUGUGAUCCAAGACCUGAUCAACUACUGUCUGAGCUACAUUGCAAAAAUCAGACUCCCUAAGAAAAGGGGCACUUUCAUUGAAUUCCGAAAUGGCAUGUUGAAUGUGUCCCCUAUUGGAAGAAGCUGCAGCCAAGAAGAACGAAUUGAAUUCUAUGAACUCGAUAAAAAAGAACAUAUACGACAAAAAUUCGUAGCAGACCUGAGGAAGGAAUUUGCAGGGAAAGGCCUCACAUUCUCCAUAGGUGGCCAGAUCAGCUUCGAUGUCUUUCCUGAAGGAUGGGACAAGCGGUAUUGCCUGAGACACCUGGAACAUGCUGGCUAUAAGACCAUUUAUUUCUUUGGAGACAAGACUAUGCCAGGUGGCAAUGACCAUGAGAUCUUCACAGACCCCAGGACCGUGGGCUACACAGUGAUGGCACCCGAAGACACAUGCAGGAUCUGUGAGGAGCUCUUCCCUUAACGCCAGAGGAAUGCAGUCCUGGCCAACAACACUGAAAGGGGCAUCCAACGAUGAAAAAGAAACAAGCCGUCCAGAGUUCCCAUCUGGGGUAGAACUGAAGACUUCUGUGAUGUGCUCCCAGUCUGCAGGCUGUGGUGGAGGCUGGGGCAUGAAGUACCGCCACAGUUCUGCCAAAGGGUUAAUGUUUCUAUUUUCAAGCCAGCUUCCCUCCUCAGUGUGGCCUGCCUGAGAGAGAGCUGGCCAACUGACCACCGAUCCCACACUUUGCACCUCCAUUGGCCUGGCCAUCUCUGUGUGCUGCAUCUUAAAGCCAGACUGCUCUCCUGUCAGCCCAGGAGGGGACGACAGGGGACCCAGCAGAGCACGCUGGGCCCCCACUCGACUGACCUCUGUAACAGACCCAGUUCCUGAGGCCACAGCAGCAGGAGCUCUCUCCAGCCUUUUCUCAGAGUGCACUUGCCUCCUCCUGACCCUCAGGGACGUCCUGGCGCCUAGGAAACUAACGGUUCUGCACCUGGCUGCUCCUCUGGAGCUGCUGCCGCCCUUCCCUGCCCCCAGGCACCAUGUGUUCCCACUGCCCUACGGUUGGCUGCCCACACUGCCACCUGCUGCUGGCCCUUUCACCUCUGUCCACCCCUGCAGGAGAGUGCCCGGACCUCGUCCUGUGGCAUCCUCGGAUCUUACGGCAGCACUGUGAAACACGCUGAAGGGAUGGCACUGUUCCUCGACUCCCAGUCUGAUCACUUUAGCCCUCGGGGUCAAGUGGGUGUGCACCCCGGGUCUGGAGAGUUUGGGUUCUGAGAGCUUCUUCCCCGCUCUGCUCUAGUGAUGCUGGAGCCCUUAGCUGUCCUGGCUGUAGCAGCUCUCAGCAGCCCAGAGGCUGUGUUCUGCCUGCAGGUCUGGCGCCUCCCACUGUGCCAGGUGGACUCCAGGCCUUGCCAGUCCCUACAGCAGCUGUCACAGACCCCUCUCCCACUGCCGUCCUUCAACUCUCCACCUAAUAAAGGGCCUCUGCUCUCCCGGCAUUGCAUGAGCGUGGCUAAAUCAUA